AUGAAAGUAUUGGUUGAGUUGAAUGAUAACGAGGACAGGGAGGCGGAGAAGAAGGCCUCGACUGCCGGCGACAACACAUCCCAAAGUGUGUGCACUAAUAGUGAGAGUAAUAGCGAUUCAGUGCCGGCACCGGAACCCCAAUCACCGCCGCCUCCAUCGCCGCCAAAAUUGUCACAUAAAUUGCCGGGAAUUGUGGUGAAAGCGGUGGUCAGGGAUGACAGCGCCCGACCGGCCACUCAAAAACGUGCCAUAGAUGUGACCGCACGUAACGAUAGCAGCGAUACAAACGCCAAAGUACUCGCUGUUGGUGUCGCCAAUGAUGGGCGACAGACACAUCCCUGUCCACCGACCUCUCGAGCGAUAGCACCCAAACCCGCAUUCGCUCGUAAACCCAAGCCAUUAAGGCCCGGCUCUCACCCCUCGGCGCCCAUUAAUUAUCUGGACGUUGAACUAAAUGCGACAGAUUUUGCCACAACCGCCACUUCCCCACACAUGCCCUACACUACGCAUACAGUAUGUGUGGCCACUGUAUGGGUGAUGGGUAUGAAGUUCCCGGAGGCCGAGCGCCGGCCGGUCGUUGAGUUAAUACAGAUAUUGAAAGCAAACGCCGGCGCAAACUAUCGGGAAGUUGUGCCCCAACUGAUGGCCAAAAGUGGUUUCGAUGGCUGGCAUUACGACAAGUGUUUGAAUUACUUUCACAACGCGUUUGAUUUGUAUAAAAAGACUUUGGCCAACUGUCCGAACCGGGAGACGGCGGCCACCGUUUACCCUCUGUUCGACACAAUGCACUCAUUUGUACCCUAUUUUCUCGUUAAUGUCAAAGACCUAAUGAAACUCAAGCGAUUAUUUGCUCAAAAAUGUGGCGACAAAUUAACCACCGGUGCCGACACUCGCCUUCCGACCGCCACCACUGCUCCGGGCGUCAGAGGAAAAGUCCCUAAAACUAGCGCUAAGACCCAUUCAAACAGCGCUCAACACCAGCCAAUCGGUGCCACAAAAACGAUGGUCAAUCCGGAGCUACAGGCUCUAUACCAGGUGUGCACCGGGAUUACCGAUACAGAUGUGACCACAUUUACCCAACUGUGUCGCUGUGUGGGCGAAACUGUCGACACUUUGGGCUCGUUUGUCGACAAUCGCAAGCAGUUUUGGCCACACGUUAACCGAUUGAUGGCUGAGUGCGGUUACCCUUUGCCUAAACAAAAUACAUAUCGUAAACUAUUCACUGCCCACGUGUGCACUUAUUAUAAAAUU